CGCUGACUUUUUUUUUAUCAUUUUAUUCAUUGAACUUUGCAUUUAUGUUCAAUUAACAAUUCGUUGAACGGAAUUGGCGUCAUGUUCAGUGCAAGUUUGAUGUUUAUUUUUAUUGCAGUGUUAGGAGUUUUCAUUGAUUAGAAGUUACAAAGUAACAUAUAUUCAUUUCAAUUGAUGUGAGAAUUGCAAAUGUUUGACGAACACACGUCUUUAAAAAUUGCAUACUCAAUGGAGAUUAUGUAUCCAGGUAUAUGGAAUGUCCAGUAGUGUAUAUGUGAUGAUUAUGUACACUUGUAGAUCUUGGAAUCCGUAAAAGUGUUACGAGAAAUAAUUUUCUCUAUUAAAUAAAAGUUAAUUGAGGGCAAGGAUAACGGGAGGUUUUGAAGUAGAAGAAUCACCGAGACCCAUGAAAAAAACUCAGCUGAUGAUCUUCUGAUUGUGGUAAUGAGCAGAAUCUCCAGAAGACAAUUCCAACAGGUUAACAAUAAUGGAUGAAGUGAUUGUUGUUGAUUCCAAAUCGGCUUGAUCUGUUGUAGAACAUAACCUGAAAAUUAAUGGAGUCAAUUGGAUUUCAAAGUGAAAUUCUUUCACGCUCCAAGUUGAUAAGAUAAAUUGACUGUGAGUCACGAGUAUGCGUUGACAUUUGUUAUCCCCUUUGUGAGAUCAUAUAAUAUUUUAUGUUCGGGUGUUUAUUCUGCUCAUCGAGGAAAACAGUAAUCAUCACCUGACGGUGACAACUUUGGACGAAUGAUGAGGCUGUGAAGAAAUUCUUGGCUGCAUUCACCUGGGGAAAUGACUUGGGGCUUAAGAUCUAGAUGAGAAUUACAACCUCUGAAGGUCAUGUACUGAAUUAUUGAUAACGCCUGUGUAAGGGAAUUUGUGGGAAUGGGCAAUUGUUUGUGUAAAGACAGUGCUGAUGAACCUGAGGUUGAUUGUGAUGGAAAUCAUGUUGAGGUAGAGAACACUGUUAUUUCGGAUAAUCAUUGUCAUGGAAGUCUUGGAGGAAGUGAUGAUCCACCCUGCUACAAGUUUCCUACCUCAUCCAAUAUUGAUAAACUGGUGUUGGAGACCCUCGGGGUCAUUGGAGCACUUGUUGACAAUGAACAAGAGCCACCCCCAGCGAUGCUCAAGCUCCAUACGAUAGCAGACAAAGAGGAAGGCUGGAUCCAAGUGGUUAGCUCGAUGGUCAACGUCAUCCCCAUGCACAGUCCUCUAGGUCCAUCAGUUAUUACUCUUCUUCUCAACGACUGUCCUCUGCCUUCGAAGGAUUCGGUCUCAAAACUAUCACAAAUGUUUCAACUCUCCCAGGAUACGGGAAAGCUGCAGACCAGUGUGAGUCAGCAGAGGAAUAUUUGUAUAGUCCUAGGAUGCAUUGCCGAGAAAUUAGCAGGACCUAGCAGUAUCGCUGUGUUGUCCAACGCAACACUCGAUUACCUCGUUUCGAACCUGAAAGAAGACGUAGAGCCUUAUGUUGUUCUGUACUCAUUAAUUGCACUAGAGAAAUUUGCACAGACGAGUGAGAAUAAAUUGACGAUACAAAAGAGACUUAUGGCUGAGAAAGAACAUCCGUUGUUGAUAUUGGAGACGUGGGCAACUGAGAAUAAUUAUGUUAAACGUCAAGUGGGCUUUUCCGCACAGUGGUGCUUGGAUAAUUUAUUUUUGAUAGAAGGCAGAAAAUAUUCCCAUGACACAGUUGACUUAACUGGUAUAAAUGUGAUGUUAAAUACAAAGGAUGUAAGCGAGUACCUGAAAAUAUCGCCAAAUGGUCUUGAAGCACGCUGUGAUGCAUACACUUUUGAGAGUGUUAGAUGUACAUUGCAAGUUGAUAAUGGUGUUUGGUACUACGAAACUUUGAUAAUGACUACCGGUGUAAUGCAAAUUGGAUGGGCAACAAAGAAUAGUACAUUUUUGAAUCACGAGGGUUAUGGAAUAGGCGACGAUUCAUACUCAUUAUCCUGUGAUGGAUGUCGUCGAUUGAUCUGGUACAAUGCAGCCAGCGAAAAAUACACCGAUAGACCACCCUGGAAGGCUGGUGAUGUCCUUGGCUGUCUGCUGGACUUGGAUAAGUUGGAAAUCAUAUUCUCCAUCAAUGGUGUACCACUAAAACCCUGUGUACAAGUUUUCAAAACAGCCAGAUCGGGAUUUUUUGCUGCUGCCAGUUUCAUGUCAUUUCAACAGUGUCUUUUCAAUUUUGGAAAUAUUCCUUUCAAGUAUCCUCCGACUGAUCGUCAUUUCCAAAAGUUCAAUGAUCACGCUACACUCACUCCUGAGGAUAAAGUUGUUCUGCCUCGACAUAUUUAUCUUGAUCAGUUAAGAAAAUUGAGUGUGAGAGAGGACUCUUGUACAUUGUGUUAUGAUCAGAAGGCGUCUGUUAGGCUGUUGCCAUGUGAUCACAGGGGCUUCUGUCAGACAUGCCCAAUGCAACUCAUUGAGUGCCCAAUGUGCAGAGCAACAAUCGAGGAAGUAGCAUUAGACACCGCGUGACUUUAGUCGUAACGACUAACCCUGAACAAUCGAUUUAAAUCAAUUGACAUUAUUAGGAUGCAACUAUUUUUUUAAUCAAUUACUCCAUCGAUUCUUAUCAUAAACGAUACUCAAACAGAAUCAUUCCGUCAUUUCUUUAUCCUUUAUAUUAAAUAGAUGAAGAAGCAGUAUUUCUUUAAAAAACAAUCAGGCAAAAAAUUAAAAUUAAGUAAACAUGGAGGACUGAGCUUAAAGAUGCAUUAUGAAUGGUAUUGUUUGUGGGACUGACAGCCCAUUGCGUAGCACCGACUAAAUAUUAAAUAAAAAAUAAAGGGUACUAGCUGUCGGCAGAUUUAAUGCGUUUAUUCUGAUACUCUAUUCGUCGAAUUAUUGUUUCUCGAAACAAUGGAAGAAUUUAAUUCGUUGUUGUAUUGAGGGAUCUUUGAGAGAUGAAAAAUAAAUUGAAAAAUUAAAAAAUGUUAAUUCUAACAUCACUCUAUCAUGCAACAAACUAUAUGUACAUAGGAUAUGUAUAUAUAAAGAUCAUUAACGUUUUA